GAAAUCACAAGAACUUCGUUAGUCUUUUUCCUACUCUGUCAAACACAUUGGUUCUAUAAAAAAAAAUCAAGGAAGCCACAAGUGUAUUAAUAAGUUUAUGCUAAAAUAUUUUAUCGCCUUUUGUGUGUAUUCUUGUAUCAAAAAUGUUGGAUAAAAGUAUAAUAUUAUUAAGUUUGUGUCUAAUAUCGGCAGUGAUGUCGUGCGGACAGGAUGAAAAUAAAGCUAGAUACGACAAUUAUCGCUUAGUAAGAUUAACUUUAAAGACGACUGAUCAUGUAGAUUUAUUGCAAGAAUUAGAAGAGGAAUCAGACUCAUAUACAUUUUAUGGACAUGCAUUAAGGCCGGAUCAAAAUUUGACAGUCCUAGUAGCUGCUCACAAAAUAUAUGAAAUGCAAGAUAUAGUCGAGCGUAAUGGGAUGGAUUGUACAGUUUUGCAACCAAACAUCCAAAAGCUGAUUGAUGAUGAAGAUUCCACUGUCAAGUCCAAAAAUACUCCAGCAUCAGAAUUCGAUUGGGAUCAUUACUUCCAUUUAGAAACUAUCUUUAGUUGGAUGGACAAGCAAAUUGCUGAAAAUGACUUUGUUGAAGCUUUACAUCUUGGAUCGACUUAUGAAGGACUUCCAAUUAGAGGACUCAAAAUAUCUAAGAAAAGUGGAAAUACUGGGAUAUUCGUUGAAGCUGGCAUUCACGCUAGAGAGUGGAUUUCACCUGCUGUUGCCACUUAUCUUAUUGAUCAGCUGAUUCAUUCCGAAGAUCCAGAAGUCGUUGACUUAGCAGAGAAUUUUGACUGGUACUUUGUUCCUGUUCUUAAUGCUGAUGGAUAUAAAUACACAUUUGAAAAAGACAGAUUGUGGCGUAAAAAUACAAAGCCAUAUGGACGAUGCAAAGGUGUUGAUCUCAAUAGAAAUUUUGACAUUCACUGGAGUGGAACUGGAUCAUCUACAAAGAAAUGUACUUAUGACUUUUGUGGUUCAAAAGCAUUCUCAGAACCUGAGGCGCUUGCAGUUAAAUUAUUCUUAGACGAAUUUGCUAAUAAAAACAAAAUUCAGACUUACUUCUCACUACACAGCUUUAGUCAGCUGUACAUGUUUCCAUUUGGAUUUACAACUGAUCGGGCAAGGAAUUAUGAUGAUCUAAAAAAGAUUGGUGAGAAAGCAGUUGAAGCCAUAAAAAAUACACACGGAAAAAUUUACCAAACCGGCAGUUCCAUCGAGACAAUUUAUCCAAAUAGUGGUGACAGCAUGGACUUUGUUUACUCAAACUAUAAUAUUCCAAUAGUAUAUACGAUUGAAUUACGUGGACCACCAGAAACACCCACACUGUUCAUUCUCCCCGCAGCAGAAAUUAAGCCGACGUGUGAAGAAAUAUUAAACUCAUUUAUUGCUGCUUUGAAGGAAGCACGACAACUCGGUUAUUAUAAACGAGAUGAGCUCUAAGUUGUCAAAUCAAGCGUCUCAAU